AUGGCGGACCCGGAGCAACUCAUCGUCGAUGAGGCCAAGCCGCCCAAAUCGGAGCGCCAUCCGGUCAGAUGGCACCGGUCGACCUUCUACAACAUGACCAUACUGGGUCUGUGCAACCUGGCGGCGCCGGGCAUCUGGGGCGCCAUGAACUCGCUGGGGGCGGGCGGCGCGGCUUCGCCGCAGCUGGUGAACGCGUCGAACGCUCUAACAUUCUGCUUGAUGGUGGUGUCGUGCUACUUCUCGAGCGCCAUCGUGCACUACAUCGGGAUCAAGGGGGCGCUGAUCUUUGGGACGCUGGGGUACGCCCCUUUCGCGGCCGGGCUCUACACGAACAACCGCUACGGCGUCGAGUGGCUGACUGUCUUCGGAGCUGCGCUCUGCGGCAUCUCGGCCGGCGUCUUCUGGAUGGCCGAGGCCGCCAUCGCCAUCGCAUACCCGGAGCCGUGGAACCGCGGAAAGGCCCUGGGGUACUGGCUCACGUACCGGCUCACUGGCCAGAUCCUGGGCGGCGCCAUCAAUCUCGGACUGAACGCGGACCGUGACCAGGCCGGCCAGGUCAGCUAUACUGUGUACCUUGUCUUUAUUGCACUGCAGGCCACGGGGCCGUUUGUGGCUCUGUUCUUGAACAAGCCGUCCAAGGUGGAGAGAGAGGACGGUAAAAAGGUAUCAUUGGAGAUCAUCAAGAAUCCCUGGUACGAGAUCCGCAAGACCUCCAAGGACUUUAUUAAGCCAAAGUUCUUGUUGGUUGUGCUUUGGAUCGGGCAGGCAGUCUUCGCCGAAGCAGUCUACUUCACGUACCUCGCCUUAUGGUUCACCGUCAGAUCCCGAGCGCUGGGGUCAUUCUUGUCUGGGAUCUGUGCAGUCAUCGCUGGGAACCUGCUCGGGCACUACCUUGAUCGGACAAAGUUCUCCUUGAAACUGCGCACGCGCUCAGUCUUCUGGAUCUUGGUCGUUACGCAAGGCGCAUGGUGGACGUGGAUUACGGUCCUGGCCACCAAGUUCCGCGUGGACCAACCCGUGUACGACUGGUCGAGCCCGGGCUUCGGCGCAGCAUUCGCCGUCUACAUCUUCCACACCAUCGGGUUCCAGGUGAACUAUCUUUUCUUGUACUUUAUUAUCACCAAUCUCGCCGACGGCGAGGCCGAAGUAAUCAGAUACGCUGCCCUGCUCCGGGGUACGGAGUCGGCCUGGCAAGCUAUCAGCUAUGGUCUCACAUCUGUCGACAUCUUCGCCCAGGUUGGCGCAAUCUACAUCAACUUUGGACUGUGGGCUGUCGCUAUCUUUCCUGCGUGGCUUGUCCUUCGGCACUUCGGCCAGGAUAACAAGGCACCAUCCGAAGGCGUGGAACCAGUUCAAACAAGCGAGAGUCCUUCUUUGAAGGAGACUACCCGUGACCAGGGAAGCUUGUGA